CGGAGCGCUGCUUGGGCUACGAGGAGCAGGAGGAACCAGCAGCUGGGAGGAGGCUCCAAAGAGGCCCGAAAGGCCGCGCAUUCACGCAGGGCGUGGGGUUCAAGGCUGGGACGCAACUAGGGACUAUGUCUGCUAUGCUUUGAGGAUCGUGACCGCUCGCGUGCUGAGGCAGGAGCUGGGUGGACAUCAGGGCCUCACUGAGCGCCGCAGGGCAGGCCCCACCGGAGCCCUUUUCUGAGCCGCCGCCCCAGGUCCUACUCCUGUCUCUGGCGGGAGAUGGCCUCCCCAAGUCCCCCUCCGGAGCCAAAGGGCCGCCGCGAAGCUAGGAGCUCCCUCCGGAGUUCUUCUCCACGAGGUGCGAUUCGCGAACCAACUGCCCGUCGGCUCCUGUUUUCCAAGAGCGACUUAGUGAGUGGGCUGGAGAAGAUUAGUAAUGCUCCAGGCCGGCUCAUUUGUGAGUUUCCCCCAGUGGUAGAGCUGUCCUUGAGACCACAGGAACUGACGGCAGAAAUCGUACUAUUUCAGGGGUUGCUGACAUUUGAGGAUGUGGCUGUGUUUUUUACCCAGGAGGAGUGGGAUUAUCUGGACCCAGCUCAAAGAAGUCUGUAUCAAGAUGUCAUGAUGGAGAAUUACGGAAACCUGGUCUCACUGGAUGUUUUAAAAAAAGAUGAUGAGGAGCCAACUAUCAAACAAGAAAUUGAAGAAAUUGAGGAAGACGUGGAACCACAGGGUGUAAUAGUUAGGAGAAUCAAAAGUGAAAUUGACCAGGAUCCUAUGGGGAAAGAAACCUUUGAACUGGUUGGUAGGUUAGACAAACAGAGAGGGAUAUUCUUGUGGGAAAUACCAAGGGAAUCUCUGACUCCGGAAUCGAGAAUGUUCAGGAGCAACACUAACAUCAUCCGGAAAAGACCAAACUCAGAAGAGAAAUGCCACAGAUGUGAAGAAUGUGGAAAAAGUUUUGUCCGCAAGGCCCAUUUCAUUCAGCAUCAAAGGGUCCAUACUGGUGAGAAACCUUUUCAAUGCAAUGAAUGUGGGAAAAGUUUCAGUCGCAGUUCAUUUGUUAUUGAACAUCAGAGAAUUCACACUGGAGAAAGGCCCUAUGAGUGUAAUUACUGUGGAAAAACAUUUAGUGUAAGUUCAACUCUUAUUAGACAUCAAAGAAUCCACACUGGAGAAAGACCGUAUCAGUGUAAUCAGUGUAAGCAAAGCUUUAGCCAGAGAAGGAGCCUUGUUAAGCAUCAAAGGAUUCAUACAGGUGAGAAGCCCCAUAAAUGUAAUGACUGUGGGAAAGCUUUCAGCUGGAAGUCGCACCUUAUUGAACAUCAAAGAACUCACACUGGUGAGAAACCCUAUCACUGUACCAAAUGCAAGAAAAGCUUUAGCAGAAAUUCAUUGCUUGUUGAACAUCAGAGAAUUCACACUGGGGAACGACCCCAUAAAUGUGGUGAAUGUGGGAAAGCCUUUAGAUUAAGUACAUACCUUAUACAACACCAAAAGAUCCACACGGGUGAGAAGCCUUUUCUUUGUAUUGAAUGUGGAAAAAGCUUCAGUCGGAGCUCAUUCCUUAUCGAGCAUCAGAGGAUCCAUACUGGUGAACGGCCUUACCAAUGCAAAGAAUGUGGGAAAAGCUUUAGUCAGCUUUGUAAUCUAACUCGUCAUCAGAGAAUUCACACAGGGGACAAACCUCAUAAAUGUGAGGAAUGUGGAAAAGCCUUUAGUAGAAGCUCAGGUCUUAUUCAACAUCAGAGAAUCCAUACCAGGGAGAAGACUUACCAAUAUAAUGAAACUAAGGACAGUUUUGAUCCAAAUUGCAGUCUUGUUAUACAACAGGAGGCUUGUCCUAAGGAAAAAUCUUACAAAUGUGAUGAAUGUGGGAAGACUUUUAGUGUAAGUGCUCAUCUUGUGCAACAUCAAAGAAUCCACACCGGAGAAAAGCCCUAUCUGUGCACUGUUUGUGGGAAAAGCUUCAGUCGGAGUUCAUUUCUUAUUGAACAUCAGAGGAUCCACACUGGUGAGAGACCCUAUCUGUGCAGACAGUGUGGCAAGAGCUUCAGUCAACUUUGUAAUCUUAUUCGACAUCAGGGUGUUCACACGGGUAAUAAACCCCAUAAAUGUGACGAAUGUGGGAAGGCCUUUAGUCGGAACUCGGGUCUAAUUCAGCAUCAGAGAAUACACACAGGAGAGAAGCCUUAUAAAUGUGAGAAGUGUGACAAAAGUUUCAGUCAGCAGCGCAGCCUAGUCAAUCAUCAGAAGAUCCAUGCUGAAGUGAAAUCACAAGAAAUCCAUGAAUGUGAUGCUUGUGGUGAAGCCUUCAAUUGCCACCUUUCUCUUAUUCAGCAUCAAAAAUUGCACACUGCAUGGAUGCAGUAAGUGCUGAAAAAUAUGUCAGCUCAAUUUAAUGUGAAAUUAACUAUCCUAGCUACCCAAGUGCAGUUUUGGUAUAAAUCAGAUGUAGCGAUGAAGCAGAUUCUCUUUGAACUCAGGCAAAUGGUUUCUAAGGUUUCUGUGAAUAAUGGAUAACUGUUUAUGAGCGGUUCACUUCUGUUGCUCCUUGUUUUAAUGGUCAUAAAGACCUGGAAACUCAAACAUCUGGCUUGUGUUUUGUUUUCUUCAUGAAUCUUUCAGUAGAGAGGUUAAACCCAGAUGUAGAGCAUGGGAGAGUUGCUCUGAAGGACAAAGUCAAAUCACUACAAGGGAAGUAGUAGCAACAGAAACUAGAAAACAGAAUAUUAAUUUAAAUGGUUUUACAACUAUAUCAUGUGGUGGUCCUUUUAGUUCUGUAAUAUGUUUGGCUGUGCAUGCCAAAGUCCAGUCAUUAAGUAGUUGUCAAGGAAGCAAAGCCCAGGUGUUUUUGAAACCAGUUUGCAGUUUUUGUCUAUUUAAGAAAGCUAAUUAUUUGGCUUAUAGGUUGAUGAAAGGUAGUUCUCAGAUCUGUGAAAUAAAGGCGAAUUUAAAGAUUAUGUGAGUGAUUAAAAAACUUAGCAAAGGUGUUACUGAGAAACCUUGGGGAGUGCCUUUUUCCCUGUGAGAUUGGCCCAAAACGAUGGAGGGAAGAUACUGUUAUGCCCUCUCAUCUGGGAAAGAUAUUUGUAGUCCUAUAUGAAUAAGCUUACUCCUUUACAACUAGAAGCAUGUGAAAGUGUACAUAUUUUGAUUACCAUGAGUUGAAAAUCGAAGGGCCUGGAGUCUAUGCUAGGAAGCUAAGAUAUUUUGGUAUUGCUUUGGUUUUAAUGGUAACUAGGUUUUGCAUGCAAUUUAAAAAUCUUUACUUCUGGUUCUAGGUCUUCCCACAAUAGUUAUUAUAAACCUAUUAAUCUGUUUUAAUCAUUAAAAUUGGUUUUGUUUUUU